AUUAUUUGAAGUUAAUUGCUAUUUGCUACCCGAUCGAGGCCUGGUCCGAGUCCGGAUCGAUUAAUUGCUACCCGACGCCUACCUGGCGCACUGACUUAGAACCCACCCACCACCACCAGCUCCUCCACCACCACCACCAACCCCACACCAAAAGUCUAACCCAACAAAACCUCCCCAAAACAACCCCUCCGAACCCUAACCCUAAUACUCCACCACCACCUCCACCACCACGACCACGGCGAAACCCUAACACUAAAUACACGAAAUGGCCAGCGCCUCUCCUCCCACCACCACCACCACCGCCACCAAUAGCACCUUCAAGAAGCCGCAACCCUUGCCAUGGACGCACGAGGAGACGGUGCAUCUGAUCCAGGCGUACCAGGAGAAGUUGUCCGCCGUGAGGCGCGGCCAGCUCAAGUCGUCGCAGUGGGAGGAGGUGGCCGUCACCGUCUCCGCCCGCUGCGGCUACGACCACACCGAGCCCUCCUCCAAGUCCGCCCUCCAGUGCCGUCACAAGAUCGAGAAGCUCCGCCAGCGCUACCGCUCCGAGUCCCAACGCUCUGGGCCCCACUCCUGGCCCUACUUCCACCUCAUGGACUCCCUCGAACGUGGGCCCCUUCCCCCAAUCUCCGCCCGCCCCAUCUCCCACAUACCACCGCCGCACGAUCACGACUCCGAUCACGAAGACGAUUCCGAUCGCCGGAAUAGGUUGCAGAGUAUCGAUUACAUACUCCGCCGGCCUUCUGUUGUCAAUAGGUUUUCGGGGAAAAGGCGGAGAGAGGAAUUGGCACAUGCUGAUGAUGGUGGUCAUGAAGAAGAGGGAGGCACGGGGAGAGGGCUGGUGUCGGAGUUGGCCGCGGAGAUAAGGGCGUUUGCGGAGAGGUUUAUAGGGAUGGAGAAUUUGAAGAUGGAGGUGAUGAAGGACACGGAGAGGUUCAGGAUGGAGAUGGAGAACAAGCGGAUCGAGUUGAUUCUCGAGUCGCAGCGGAGGAUUGUUGAUUCCAUCGAGAGGACCUUUAGCUCGCCCUAGAGGUUCAAAAUUUGAAGCUCAAUGUUCUUGAUUAAUUUUUUUUUUUUUUUUUUUAAUUUCUUCUUCCGAUUAUUAUUAUUGAUGGAGUUGCUUAGUUUUUAAGAAUUUGGCUUAGGUUCAGUACCCUUCGUGUAUAGUUUAUAUUUAGAACUGAAAAUUUUGUCUCUCUGCAAUUAUUUAUUAAGGAAGCAAUUCGUCUGUUCUUUGCUU